AUGGGAGCCGUCGAUGAGAAAAUGUGCCGUAAGCACCAUAAAGCACACACAAGCACAACGAGAAGAUUGACUAGUAGAAUCUACGGACUAGCGGGCUGGUUAUUCGUGCUGACACCUUUAAGCUGGCACCAUGUUGGGAGCUCAUAUGUAGAAGCCACUGACAGUAGAGCACUACAAAAGUCGACUGAUAUUGAAGAGCAUUACCGGUUAGCAGGAGGCGUCAGUCAGCUACAUGAUUACAGGCGGGAUCUUUUCACGGGAGGAAACUUUGAACGACGAAAAAGGAGUCCGUUUAGUACGCUAUACGACACCGGCAAUACGCUCAAUGUAAACGAUUAUCCUGGCGAUGGAAAUGGCGGUGGAAACGGUUUGAAUUCGGUCAGUAACAACAACGGUGGUACAAGCGGAGGUUUGUCACGUGAGUCGUCAUACUCGUCAUACGCCGCCUCCGGUAUUUUGCGGGAUAACCGGAAGCCAAGCUUCGUUGAAUGUGAAAGCUAUAAGCCGAUGCUGAAAGAGGAACAACCGGUGGGAACGUCGGUCCUACGGGUAACAGCGAAUGAUCCGGAUCCACGGCAGACGAUCGAGUACAGUUUCGUGACAACGCCGGGUGAACGAGCCCGCUUCCGUAUAGAUAAGGUUUCCGGUGAGAUCACGACGGCACAUAUUUUCGAUCGCGAUGAACCGAUACGUGAGAAAGAGAUCUACAUCACGGUGCGUGCGACAGACAACGGGCGGCCACGUUUGGACGAUGUGUGCACGUUCAAGGUGACGAUAUUGGACAUCAAUGACAACCCACCGGUGUUCGACAAGGUUCGAUACGAGGAGUCGGUGGCGAAGGACAUGAAGGCGAACCAGCGAGUGGCCACGAUUUCGGCGACUGACUUGGACGAUGGGGACAACAGCAUCAUUAAGUACGCGAUCGUCCCGCAGAAGCCAGACAGCGAUUAUUUCAAGAUCAACGAGAACAAUGGGUUACUCACGCUCACGAAACCUGUUGAUCGCAGCCCGGGUCAGUACUACACGAUUCGGGUGAGAGCGCACAACGUGAGUCCACAAGGGGAGCCAGUACAGGAUGCGGAAGUCGACGUGAAGGUGCGUGUGGUCGAAUCGAACAAACUGCCACCGUACUUCACGAAAGUCCAGGGCGUGCCGAUUGAGCUGAAUGAAACGUUUAAGAACUACACGGAGUCACUGGCGGUGAUCGAAGCGGAAUCCAACAUACCAGAGAAGCCGGAGGUCAUCUUCGAGCUGAUCCAGGGCAGGGCGGAACAGACCAACUCGAAGAACACGUUCCUGCUGGAGCAGAUCAAUAAUUCGGCCAUGAUCCGGCUGGGCAAGACGCUAGACUACGAAACGGUGACCGAGUACACGCUCACGGUGAGCGUGAAGAAUUCGCACGAUCUUGUGUCUGAAAGUGUGCUGAAGAUUAAGGUCCUGGACGAGAACGACAUCAUUCCGGUGUUUACUGAGGUGACAUCGGGAACAAUACCUGAGAACGAAGCACCGGGCACGCCGGUGAUGCAGGUUCGAGCAUUUGAUCUGGAUGGAACGGCGGCCAACAACAUCGUAUCGUACCGGUUCGAUGACGAGAACCAACAGCUGUUUCGCAUCGACAGUCGCACGGGUGACAUCACGUCGUUGGUGGAGUUCGAUCGUGAGGCAACCGAUUCGUACCAUCUGAAGGUAGUCGCUGAAGACAAUUCACCGUCCGCUUUGUAUCGAAACGGCAAACCGAACAGUAUAUCGCAGCUGUUCAUCAUUAAGAUCUCGGACAAGAACGACCAUCAGCCAAAGUUCGAUAAGGAGCACUUUGUGGCCGAGAACGUCCCGGAAGACGCUAAUAUCAACACGGUGGUGAUCGAGGUGAAGGCGAAUGAUCAGGAUACGGCAUCGUUCAUCACGUACAGUAUAAUCUCGGGCAAUGUGGGCGAUGCGUUCAAGAUCGACGAGAACACGGGCCGAAUCUUUGUCAACAGCCGGUUGGACUACGAAACGAUCCGAGAGUACAUGCUGAUCGUACAGGCGGACGAUGGCAUCUUUCAGGACAAUGCGACCGUAUCGAUCAAGAUCGAGAACGUGAACGAUAACCCGCCACGCUUCAUCGACCUGCGCAAUGUGACGAUCCAAGAGGAGACGAUUCCUCCCGGAUGUAUCAUGAACAUCGAGGCGUACGAUCCGGACAUCGAGAACCGGGAUGAGCCACAACACAUCCGAUUCUCGUUCGUAAAGGAGCAAGAAGACCUGCUGGAAAUCGACGACGAAGGAUGCUUGCGGUUGAGAAAGGCCCUUGAUCGCGAUCCUCCGCAAGGUUUCAAAAGCUGGCAGUUCAUUAUCACCGCGACGGAUGAGGAUGGUGCUGGUAAAAAGACACCGGCCACCGUGAACAUCAUCUUGGAGGACAUCAACGACAAUGCGCCACGACUUUCGAACCCGAUGCCUGUGGUAUGGGGUGAGAACCGCGAGCCCGGUUUGAUCGUGAAGCUGACGGCGGAUGAUGCCGACGAAGCGCAUAACGGACCUCCAUUCUCCUACAGAAUCGAUCCGAACGCACCGGAAUACAUCAAGAAUCGCUUCCAGGUGCAGGAAGAUGAACUGUACGCGCUGGUCGAGUUCGACCGGGAAGAGCAGAAAGAAUACCGGGUUCCAAUUUUGAUCCGUGAUUCUGGCGACGUGCCGAUGAGUGAUGUCAGCACCUUGUGGCUGGUGAUCGGUGACGACAAUGACAACGAGAUGCGUCCUGGUGAGAGUCGUAUCUUCGUGUACAACUACAAGGGAGAAUCACCGGACACAGAGGUGGGACGCGUGUACGUGGACGAUCCAGAUGAUUGGGACCUGCCGGACAAGACGUUCUUUUGGGAUGAAGCCACGCGGUCACAGUCGGUGGAAUUCUUCGAUAUGAACCGGGACACUGGCAUGAUCACGAUGCGUCAGGGAACGCGCGGAGGCGAGUACGACCUGCUGUUCAACGUGGUCGAAAAGUCGAGCCAUUUUCCACGUCACAACGUCACCGCACGUGUGACAGUGACGGUGAAGGAGAUCCCGGAGGAAGCCGUUGAUCGGAGCGGGUCAAUUCGCUUCUACAACGUGACGGCGGAGGAGUUCGUUACGCGAACUCCUGGUCAAUCCACUACGCCCAAAGACCGGCUGCAGACGACCAUUGCGAAUGCGCUCAACGUCAGCCGCGAAAAUGUGGACGUGUUUACGGUGCUGAAGCGUGAGAACUCCAACGGCACGUUCUUGGACGUGCGAUUUUCCGCCCAUGGCAGUCCAUACUAUGCACCAGAGCGUCUCAAUGGCAUGCUGGGUUAUCGACUUCGACAACUCGAAGAGGACGUCGGUUAUUCGGUACUGAUGUUGGGUAUCGAUGAGUGUAUCGAAGAGGGCCGUAACUGCGAGCUGUCCUGCAAGAAUACGCUGUACAAAUCGAAUGCUCCGAUAGCGGUUUACACCAACACCAGCUCGUUCGUCGGUGUGAACGCGUUCGUUCAGGCAGAAUGCAUGUGUGAAGUUCAGGGUCCGUUGCAGAAGUGUCUGAACGGUGGAUCCUUGUUUAACGAUCGCUGUUCCUGCACGCAGGGCUUCGAAGGACCACGCUGUGAAAUGCUAGGCAUCAGCUUUUAUGGCAACAACGGGUACGCACUCUACCCGCCCGUUACACCGUGCAAUAUGACGCGCAUUAGUCUGGAGCUGUCGCCACAGCAAGAGGACGGUCUAGUGAUGUACAUCGGGCCAAUGAACUACAACCCGCGGCUACCGGUGCAGGACUUUUUAGCACUCGAGCUCGUCAAAGGCCUGCCGGUGCUGCUGCUCGACUACGGUAGCGGAACGAUCCGGAUCGAACAUCGACACCGUUAUCCUCAGGGCAAAUCGUUCACGGUAGAGAUCGUGCUGCAACCUCAGACAGUCGAGAUGAUCGUGGAUAACUGCAAGCUGUCGACCUGCAUGAGUCUAGAUGCACCGAAAGGACCAAACCGUUUCUUGAACGUGAAUGCCCCGCUACAUCUGGGUGGCUCAUCCGUGAACCUCGACUAUCUAGGUUCUCUAUUCAACUGGACGUACGUGCCACAGAAUAGAGGUUUCGCCGGGUGCUUACGCAAUCUGACAAUCAAUGAGCAGACGUACAAUCUUGGUGUACCGAGCCACUCGAAGAACGCCAUUGGUGGCUGUCAGGGUCCGGUGGCGGUCGCCGUCUCGUUCGGUAUCGAUUCCUUCUUCCUAGUGGCAGUCAUCGCGUGCAUCGUCACCAUGUUGGUGUUAUUGCUGGCGGUGGUCGUACGCAGGAAGCAUCAGGAUGGCUGGCACGAGAAGGACAUGGACGACAUCCGUGAGACGAUCAUCAACUACGAGGAAGAAGGUGGUGGUGAACGAGACGCCGAAUAUGAUCUGGCCGUGUUGCAAGGGCCUCCGAUUUAUCUUGACAAGCCGUAUGUCAACGAGCUGCGGCAGAAGGAGGCCACGACUGAGGUGCCCGACAUUGGCGCCUUCCUUACAGACAAGAAGGACGCGUGUGACAAGGACGCGGACGCGUACCCGAUAGACGACGUGCGACAUUACGCAUACGAGGGUGAUGGCAACAGCACUGGUUCGCUGUCGAGUCUUGCCUCCUGUACUGACGAAGGAGACCUCAAGUUUAACUAUCUAUCGAAUUUUGGGCCCCGGUUCCGUAAACUAGCGGACAUGUACGGCGAAGAACCGUCCGAUACCGACUCAAACGUGGACGAGGACGAGGGCUGGAGAAUAUGA